AUGUCGGCCCCCAUCGUACCCGUCACCAUCACCAAUGGCACCACCAAACCCGCAGACAUCCAAUCCUUCGCCGUCAAAGCCGGUCUGGCUCAAAUGCUCAAGGGCGGCGUGAUCAUGGACGUCGUCAACGCCGAGCAAGCCCGCAUCGCCGAGGAAGCAGGUGCCGUGGCCGUCAUGGCCCUCGAGCGUGUACCCGCCGACAUUCGCGCCCAAGGCGGCGUGGCCCGCAUGUCGGACCCAUCAAUGAUUCAAGAAAUCAUGCGCACCGUCACCAUCCCCGUCAUGGCCAAGGCACGCAUUGGACAUUUCGUCGAGUGCCAGAUCCUCCAAGCCAUUGGAGUGGAUUACAUUGAUGAGAGCGAGGUGCUCACGCCCGCCGACCCCACACACCACGUCGACAAGAGCGUCUUCGCCGCGCCCUUUGUGUGUGGAUGUCGGAAUUUGGGCGAGGCAUUGCGGAGGAUUUCCGAGGGUGCCGCCAUGAUUCGCACCAAGGGCGAGGCCGGGACGGGAGAUGUCGUCGAGGCGGUGCGACACAUGCAGACGGUCAAUGCCGAGAUUGCCAAGGCUUCGGCCGCCACGGAUGCCGAGCUGCGUCAAAUGGCACGGGAUUGGGAGUGUGAUUUGGAGUUGUUGCGACAGACGGCGCAGUUGAAGAGAUUGCCUGUGGUCAACUUUGCCGCUGGAGGUAUUGCUACUCCUGCUGAUGCGGCGUUGAUGAUGCAGAUGGGUUGCGACGGGGUGUUUGUUGGAAGUGGAAUCUUCAAGUCGGGAGAUGCCGCGAAGAGAGCCAAGGCUAUCGUUCAGGCCACGACGCAUUUCAACGACCCCAAGGUGUUGAUGGAGGUCAGCAUUGGUUUGGGUGAGGCCAUGGUUGGUAUCAACUGUGGGUCGAUGGGUGAGAGCGACAAGCUUGCCAAGCGAGGGUGGUAG